AUGGUUGCUGUUACUGGAGUUGUGACUGCUGGUGCCUCAGCACUCGGUCUCGCCGCUGCCCUCGCCUCCAUGCAUCUCCCCGCCAAAACCUACCGCGUAGAACGCACCCGACGUCUCUCUCAACCUGCCGAUCAAGAUCAGGGUGAAAUGGCACGCUUAGCUUUGCAAAAAACAAACUCUGCGGGUUCGAUUACGGAGAAGACAAAGAGUGGCUUUCAACCGGGGAAGAAGGUUUUGGGGAGAGUCAAGGAAUAG